UUAUCUUUAUUAUUAUUAUGAGGUGUUUUCCGAUGUCGACCAACUAGAGAGUUGCAGCAGAAAAGACGGCGUUUACAUUGUCGCCUCCUCACCAAUCCGAUCGCCAGCCCCGACCCUUUAUUUACGUGACCCUUCUUCUCCAUCUCUCGUUCAAGCUCUCGUCCGUUGAGUUUGGCAAGCGUUUAUCCAGUAUUUGAGGGUUUUGACGGCGUCGCGAGCGGCUGCUGUCGGUGCGUGCACGAGUCAUGUCGGGGCUGAAGGUGGCUGAUCGGGGUGACAAAGCGCCGAUCCUCUAUCCCGGGCUGGACAGGGAAAGAGAGACGUCAGCCAUGGUGCUGGCUCUGGCGCGAGUGGUGGCCGGGGAAGUCCCCAGCGAUGCCGAGGAGUUGUGUCCUUUUCCUUUUCCCUCCGGAGUCCUGAGGCUGAAGAGAGGCCAUGGAGAUCUGUCGGCCGAGCCAUCGGCGGAGGCGCAGCUUCGGAGAGCCCCUGGAAGAGAGUCGUCCGUUGAUGAUGCUGCGAGAGGCAUCAUGGAAGGUCCCAGCAUGAAGACAACAAACCAUGCAACUCCAACUUAUGAGUACAGCAACAGUACAGCUGCGAUGUCGAUGUCCAACGACGAACACCAACCGAGAAGAAAAUACAGAGGAGUGAGACAGAGGCCGUGGGGGAAGUGGGCAGCCGAGAUCCGAGACCCAGUCAAGGCCGCGAGGGUUUGGCUAGGCACGUUUGAGACGGCUGAAGGGGCGGCCCAGGCGUAUGACGUCGCAGCCUUGAAAUACCGAGGCAACAAGGCCAAGCUCAACUUCCCGGAGAACGUCGUGGCCCGCCUGUCGCUGGCGGCUCCUCCCGCGACCCAGAUGACGGUUCCAGACGCCGCGAGGACCCAUGUGACCGUUCCAGCAGACACGGAGCAUCAGUUGGCCUCGGGUCCGGAUCAUGGCUGCGGUGAAUGGUGCUCUUGGUUGUCUCCUGAUCCUGACCUCGCGCAUUCUAAUCUGUUGCCAUCAUCUUCUUCGCCGUCUUCUUCUUCAUCUUCAGUUUCAAAAGCAGCAUCUUUUGCUUUCCCCACUCGAUCUGGUUCCUGGCCAUUUUAGCUCCUUCUCUAGGCAGUAUUGAAUAUACUCAGUUGUAUAUGCACCUGUUUGUGAUUUCAGAAUUGGCCUUAUAUUUGUUCGUAAAUCGGUUUCAAUUACGGUGCCAGGCAUCAUUCAUA